AUUUUAAGUUAGAGACCUAUUUGUCCACAGGAAUUAUAAAAAUAUGAAUUAUGCAAAUAUGUUAAGACCUGCCUGAAACUUUUCAAAUAAAAAGUGAAUGAAAGUUACCUCUUUUCUUUACAGGUGGUUUUUGUGGUUGAGUAGGAGGUUUUAAAGAUGGAGAAGGAAGCACUAAAUUCACAGAAUGGUGUACAAGACAAAUAUAUUGUUAUGGCUGUGGAGCCAAGAAUUUCGCAACAAAAACAGUAUGAUUAUCUAUUAAAAUUUUUACUAGUGGGUGAUAGCGACGUUGGUAAGCAAGAAAUUCUCAGCGGUUUAGAAGAUGGCUCUUCCGAGUCGCCGUUCUGCAGUGGGAGUGCGUACAAGACAACUACUAUUCUUUUGGAUGGCAAACGGGUAAAACUUCAGUUAUGGGACACUUCAGGACAAGGUCGAUUUUGCACUAUAAUAAGAUCUUAUUCAAGAGGCGCCCAAGGUAUUUUACUUGUAUAUGACAUCACAAAUAAAUGGUCAUUUGAUGGCAUUGACCGAUGGUUGAAGGAAGUUGAAGAGCAUGCACCAGGUGUGCCAAAAGUUCUGGUUGGCAAUCGACUUCAUCUAGCUUUCAAACGUCAAGUUGGUGCUAGGGAAGCAGAGGCUUAUGCAGCUAAGAACAGAAUGGCAUUUUUUGAAGUGAGUCAGUUAUGUGAUUUUAAUAUUCGUGAAAGCUUCAGUGAGCUCUCUCGCAUGGCAUUGCAUCGCAAUGGAAUGGAAAGACUGUGGCGCUCUAAUAAAGUGCUGAGCCUGCAAGAAUUGUGCUGUCGGGCUAUUGUGGCUAGAACCAAUGUUUACAGCAUUGAUCAACUCCCUCUGCCACCAUCAGUCAAGUCACAUUUGAAGUCAUACGCCAUGACUAGCUAUUCUGCAUCAGCUCUACAGCAACGACAUUUUCUCCCUAGUGGCAGCCGGGCAGGUCCACACAAGCGUCUACGCUUUGUGGCACUUCCUGGGACAGGAGCAACUCCCAGCCCAGGCAGUACUCCUGCUGUAGACGCUGCGCACACAUCAUGUACUGGACGCAAUUCAUGUGAAAGAUAACAACACACUUGUCACAAUACUGGCAUCAUGGCGGAUGUGUGUGAUACAAACUCACAUGAAGUGGAAGAAAAUAACAUAACGAGGCGAACUAAGCAGUGGGUUCGUUUAAACGUUGGUGGAACGUACUUUUUAACUACAAAAACAACGCUCUCUCGUGAUCCAAAUUCAUUUCUUUUUCGCCUUUGCCAAGAAGAUUCGGACUUAAUAUCUGACAGAGACGAGACAGGUGCAUAUCUCAUCGACAGAGAUCCGACUUACUUCAGUCCAGUGUUGAAUUACUUAAGGCAUGGAAAACUAGUAAUUAAUAAAGACCUUGUUGAAGAGGGUGUGCUGGAGGAAGCAGAAUUUUAUAAUAUUACUGAACUUAUUCGUUUGAUAAAAGAACGCAUAUGUCUGAGAGACAACCGGCCAUUGAAAGACUCAAAGAAACAUGUAUAUCGUGUAAUACAAUGUCAUGAAGAUGAGUUGACACAGAUGGUGUCAACAAUGUCUGAUGGAUGGAAGUUUGAGCAGCUGAUCAAUAUUGGAUCCCAGUACAAUUAUGGAAAUGAAGAUCAUGCCGAAUUUCUGUGUGUUGUAUCUCGAGAAUAUGGAACGUCUUCAGUUGAUGCAAAAGAAGCUGAACCUACUGACAGAGCCAAGGUAUUGCAACAGAAAGGAUCUCGCAUGUGAACAAGAGGAGCAUCAUCAUGUAAAUAAUCCCGUCACAAGCUGUAUGAAUAUGCAGCCUCCUCCAGACAGCUGGCUGAGCCAGUUAUCUUAUUUCCUUGGAGUUCAUUCAUCACUGUUGGCAGUUUUUAGAGUCUAAUGUGUGCAAGAUAGUAUAUAUGUAUGUAUUUAUAUUAUAUACAUACAUAUACAUAAAUAAAAGAACAACACCCCUCUUUAUAGGGGCAUCUGAAGAAGUGCUCUAAUAGCAUAAUUCUGAUGCAAUACAGACUUUGAGGGCUUUCAAUUAAUGGUUAGGUCCUGAUAAUGAGAACUUUUGCUUGAUUGUAGAAUUGAUCUUCAAUAAGGAGGUUUGGUUAUAAUGGGAAAUAGUUGAAAUUGUUUGUAAGCCUCCAGUUUGUAUUUUCUCAGUAAUAUAUUCUCUAAAAUUAUUGUAAAGUACACCCUAGACCUUAUAGACAUUUGUAUGGACAGAUUUUACAAAUUGCCUCUGUGUUAAAAGUGUUCCAUACAUGUAGGAACGGCAGUAUAAAAUUGUAUUGUAAUGAGCGGUGUACAAAUUAAUGUGCUCAGAUUCGUUUUUCGUAAUUUGACAAUCUCCUAAUAACCUUCAUGUGUUAAUCAUGUUGACAUCUGAAGAGUGAAAAGACAAGUGUAUGUUCUGCAGUGUAGCUGUGUGUGAAAUUUUGUGUUGCACCAUUACUCGUGUUUCUGAGUUCUGGAGGUGAUUUGAUAUUUUGUUCCUUCCUUUAUAAAGAAAUUCCUAAAGUGUUGGAGUCAAUGAUCACUUCCGUUAUAAAGGUACAAUGUAUGUGAGAUGCUGUUUAUGCUUCCUCUUGUUGCUCCUUCUGGGAGAAUUGAAAAGAUCAAUAUCUUUUGCUAGACGUUUUGUGUGUUAGUGCUUUAACAAAUAACAUUUCCCACAAGAUGUAUUUGUGGUAAGCUCUCUUUUCUUUUUUUUUCACAUUUACUGUUAUACUCUUUCCUAGAGCAAUUAUUUCAUAUUAUUCAUUUAUUUAUUAUAGUCAUUACUGCUCCCUUUCUUUGUUUACAAACAGCGAAAUGAACUUAAAGAGUGUUUGCAUGUGCGUGGUCAACUUUUAGUGUGUUCCCUGAGCUGCACAGGCAAUACCAAAGUGCAGGCUGAUGAAACAGUAUUAUAAAAAUAAAAUUUAAAAAAAGGCUCACGUUUUGUACUCUUCAAGGUUUCAGCCAAAACAUUUUAGUGUAUUUGGACCUUGUAUGUUUUGCUCCUUUUCCUACCAGUGUGGUGGUUGCCUUCAACACAAAAUAUGCAGAUGUUUGCAGUAGAAAGCAAUAACUCCAUAUAAAGCCAAAGGAGGUCAAGCUAACUUGUUCUUAAUGGACUUAGAAUGAAGGCCUCUUGUGCUUCAGUUUCUAACAUAAGAGAUCUUCAUAAAUUUACAGAAUUGUCAUAAGUGGAAUAACUAAGUUGAUCUAUCACUUGUCAAGGGUUCCCAUUUUUUAAACCUGAUAAAGUAAAUUGAAGCAAAUGAGGCUUUCAUUUAAUUUUGUCGUGUCUGAUGCUCUCUGGAGCAUGUUUUUUGGCCUAAGAGUCCAUUGGUGCAGGAAGUGCAGCCUCUCUUGACACAUACAAUUUUCAGCUUAUUUUGUACAAAAGUUUGUUUCACUUGAAACAAACCAUAAAUUCUAUGCAGCCAAUGGGUUAUGCACAAUACAAAUGCACUAAUAUUCUGGUAGUACAAUUCCAGUGCAAAAUAGUGGCCUGGUAGAUAUACUCUUAAAGCAUUCUUGUGGUGGGAGUUUCCUUAAUAAAGAGAUUAUGUAUAAAUGAAAAUGAGAUUUUUGUAAGUGUAGGAAUGAGUUCUUUAUGUUGACGAGUUCCUAUUGUUUAUUAUAUGCCAUUGCAGUGAUUGGAAUGAAAGUUUAGUUUGUGUGCAUCAUGCAGCUGGCCUCCCCCACAGUGUUACUUUGUAUGUAAGUGUGUGUGUGUGCGCGAAUAUAAAUCUGUUUCUUGCCAUUUACAAAUUCUAUAUUUAAAAAAAUAUAUGUAUACAAAAAACAAACACACACACACACACAAAUCUGUAUACACCUGCAUGUUAUAUGUUGUAAUGAUAGACUUACUCAUUUUUUUAUCUGUGACAUGGAGCUUUAAUAGUGACUUGUACCUGUGAGGUAGGGAAAUGUGUUGGCAGUCUAAGAACAAAAUAAACUUGGACAUGUACAAUGUGUUAUUUACAUUUUUGAAUAUCCUAAAUACACAUGUUACAACAAAUAAUCAUGCUAUUACAAACUUCCUACAAAAGAAAGUCCAGAAUUACCACAAUAGAAGUCACCAGCAUAAUUAUUCACAGCAGUUUUCAAAGGAAUAUUGUAUGAAAAUCAAAAUGAACUCAAAAUAUAUACAUUUGUAGUAUAUUCACUUCGUCACUCUUCACAGUUUUCAACUUCUUUUGCAUAACGAAAUAUUUCACAUAUCAAAAUUGAAGAUCACUUGGUUCUAUAUUGUAAUGAUCACUUUAGGAUGUAGCAACUUGUUUCAAGGGUCCAUCAAGAUAAGCUGCGAGGGCUUGAGCCUUUUCUUUGAGCAGACCAAAUCCAACAGUUUCUUUGGCAUAUAAACACAGAAGCAGAUUUGCAACUUGAGUGAUGGCAACUUUCCCCUCCUUAAAAAUAAUACAAGUAAUUAUUUACAAACCCUUAGAACAUUUCAGACGCAGAACUUGAAAAAAUUAUCAUACCAUGCAUUCCAUGAGUACUAAUUGUAAUCUAUCUUCUUUGAAUGCGUUUCUUCCAUUAUUUUCAUAGGCAGACCAUAUAUUACUGGCAAUAGCUGCAGUUACACGAGCAUCUCUGUCUCCAUAUCCACUAUAUGCCAAUAAUGCUCCCUCAUGAUUCAAAAGCCUGAAAGCAACAAGACAGGUGAGGCAAAAAGUAGAUUGACACAAAAUGAACAAUACCUCAAAACGACUGAUAUUACACGUACAAUGUAUUUUCAACACCGCCAGUAUUCGCCUGGCUGAGAACUUGAGUUAAAGCUUUUGGUUUCAACAUUUUUGGUAAAUUUAAAGGUUAAUUUUAACUCGCCCUUUGUUCUCCCUUUAAAGCAACUGAAAUUUUUUUCGAUAUUUUCACGUAAAGUUAAUCAUUAAUGAACGAGUCAAACGUAGUACUGAAAUAUUGCAGAAACUACUCCAAUGUCAAAAAGUAUCAAUUCUGAAAACAUCUACUCCACUUCCAUUGCGUGUAGGGUGAUGAUGACACUGAAUCAGGUGACAGGAACAACAAACCUGUGUGUGUAUAUACUGUGUACAGUAUG